AUGAGUUCCUUACUCCUGCUGGCGAUGCUGCUGUCGGUGUCCUGUGCAGCGCAGGCUCAGACAAAGGAUGAUGCGAACACACUGAGGCUGUGUGGUCGGGCCUUCCUGCGAGCAGUGGUGUACACGUGUGGAGGAUCCAGGUGGAGAAGACUGAUGGGAGGAGACGACACUUUCCCGGACGGCAACAGGGUGCCAACUUUCCUCAAGACGACAGAUGUUCCAGCAAUGAUGCGUCAUCGGCGUGACGAAAGCCAAGCGCUUUUAACAGUGUGCUGUCAACUAGGCUGUCGACGGAGUGACCUCUCUAUGCUCUGCUAG